CUCGAGGCCGGACGUGUGUUGCGUUUUUCUCAGACAUAUCGUAGCAUCGUAUUGCUGGAAAGUCGUGCGGAUAUUUUGGAUUUACCUAUUUAAAAUUGUGAUAUUUACAGUGUUUGAAUGCUAUGUAGGACUGUUUUUUAAAUUAACGUGAAUUAUAAACAGAAGAAAACUAUGCCACACGACAUUCCCAAACAGAAUUAAACGUAGGACUGUUUGCAUAUGUAAUUCUUCAAUUGUGGGACUGUUCACAUUACUGUGCAACUUAAGUAUACCGCGUACGUGGUAUGUGUGACUGCAUAGGCGCAGGCGCAAACGGUCGGAACACGAGAUCAAGUGAAAGUUAAUAAUUUCCUGCGCUUUGUGGGAGUCCGGCAGAGACAAUGGACCAGCUGUUCCGCCAGCGUCGGAUUACCGUGCCCAAGCGGACGAGCGAGUUGGUGGCGCUGGUAGCGGUAUCUUGUACCUUGUUCCUGUUUCUACAUACUCGCGACCUGAGUACCAAAUUGCAGCGCAUGCAAAGACUCAACGAUGACGUCACGGCCUUCAACCACCUCACCGACAAAAUCCCAACAGAUCGCACUGAGCAUGCGUACGCUUCAGAGCAAGAGUACAAAGAAGCACUCGAGGUGCUUAGGAGAAACACUGGCGCAGAGCGCAGGAAACCAGAGCGGAUCUUAGCAACGCAGUCUGAAGUGGAUGAAGAAGAAUUCCAACAAAACGCACUGGAUGAAGUCUUACUUCCAAAAGCAUGGGAGUUAAACAAUACGGCCCGGACUGACUCGGAGCUAUUGUUUUUCAACCGAGUACCGAAAGUCGGUAGUCAAACUCUCAUGGAACUUCUGCGUAGACUAUCUAUUAGGAAUAGGUUUGGAUUCAAUCGCGACAACGUGCAGAGGGUUGAAACAAUACGACUUUCACCGGCAGACCAACAGGGGCUAGCAGCUAUGGUAUCAGCUUACGAUCAACCUUCUUCCUACAUCAAGCAUGUCUGCUAUACUAAUUUUACCCGAUAUGGUUACCCCAAUCCAAUCUACGUGAACGUGGUCCGCGACCCAAUCGAACGAGUGAUCUCUUGGUACUAUUAUGUCCGAGCGCCCUGGUACUAUGUCGAGAGGAAGAGAGCCUUCCCAGACUUGCCGCUGCCUGACCCCGCCUGGUUGAAAAAGGACUUCGAGACGUGUGUACUGAGCGGCGAUCGCGAGUGCCGCUACAUCGAGGGCGAGUUCCGCGAAAGUAUCGGCGAUCAUCGACGACAGACACUCUUCUUCUGCGGACACGAGCCUGAGUGCAUCCCGUUCAACAGCUUCGAAGCAUUACAGCGAGCUAAACGUGUAGUAGAACAACAAUAUGCAGUAGUUGGUGUACUCGAAGAUAUGAACUCCACUCUGUUAGCUUUCGAGCGUUACAUACCAAGGUUCUUCGAUGGUGCCUCACAGCUCUAUUGGGAGGCCCAAAACACCUUCAAUCGUAUCAACCGCAACAACUUCAAGCCGCCAGUGUCAGAAGCAGUGAAACAAAUCGUCAGAAGCAACUUCACCAGAGAAAUAGAAUUUUACGAAUUCUGUCGACAACGAUUACACUUACAGCUAAAAGCACUCAGAGAUCCUACAAUUGUAAUACCUUCUAGAAGACGGAGAAGGGCACAUAGACCUGCUCUGUAGCGAUUCUAAAAGCCAAAAGGAAGUUGCAUUUAUUUUGUACUGAGUCCAAGCUUUAAAACAUCGUCGAAAUAUCUUGUUAUAUAAAAGAAAUUGUUGUAAAAUUAAAUAAAUAUCGCUUGAUAAACAAUGCAAAUAUGAAACGACGAUCUUAUGAAAAUAUAAGAUAUAAAAGACAAUUCUUUCUAUACACAAAAAUAACGACAAAACGCAGCUUUAAGAAUUCACCUUUGGCACCUCGAGUUUAGUAUUUGCAACGACAUAGUUUAAUAUAUUAGAAGAACAUUAAGCACCUAGUCGAAAAAAUUAACUAUCAAAGAAGCCCCUUUGCAUUGUCAUCAUGAAUUCUGAAUAUAAGAUGAAGAACUCGUACGCAAGUGUGCGCCAAUGUAUGCCAUACAUACAUAUAAACAAACAAGACAUUACACGGUUAGACGGUAAGCAACGGGACGUCUCUACACUGCAACAUUUAAAUAUAUACAAGAACUUUAAUAAAGGUAUGGAAUAUAGUAGAAAACAAAGUCUACUACACACAAUGUAUCUUAAAAUUAUUUCAUACUUACCAAAAUGAACUGACCUAAGAAUGCAUCUACUAUCGUUCGCCGAGACAUGAAAAAAAAACCAGAAAAGCAGAGACUUUCUCCCGUGGAUCUACUUAAAUAAAAAUAGGCAUAGAAACAAGAAAUUGUUGCCUUAAAUUUAGAACAAUAAUUUAUAAUAAUAGAUAGGAAAAUUAUAACAUCCAGAUGGAAAUAAAUGGCAGAAAUUAAGACCAAUUGCAAUUCCAUAAUAGCGCAAUUACGUGGAUUCAAAGAUUUUGUCAAUAAUGCCAUUUUUUAACUAAAUCUGUUGAAUGCAUAUCUUCGUGACAAAAACGUAAACGUACAUCGAUAUCUUUGGUUAAUACCGACCAUAGAGUACAUAUACGGGAAUACCAACUUAUCUGAAAUAUGUCAAUAAAAGUAACUGUUAGUUGCUAGAAAUUCUUUUAUUUCCAUUCAAAAUAAGUUGGUCGAUUUAAAAACCGUCGAGCUUCGCCGCGUGCAAACUAAUACACACGCCUCUAAGUGAACUAACGUGAAAGAAAUGAUCGAAGAAGCAAUGUUGUUGUUGUGAUUAUUGUUGAACUUGACACUUCGUGAACUAGAGAUAAGAGUGAUAAUUCUUUUGUAUUUAUUGUUAUUUCUUUAAAAAGUUAAUGAAGCUACGUUAGUUAAGAGUUUAUUAAGUAACAUUCAAAGUUUUCUAAUCUCCUUUGACGAUUCUCCUUUCACAUACUUUUUGUUUAUACGGUUUAAUUUAUUUACAAAAUCUUGCAAACUCUGACUCUGAAAUCAGACAGAAUAGUGCAAUGUUUAUUGUCUUGAGUAGUAUAUGUAUAACAUAGAUUUAUUUAUUUUGGUGACUGACUAAUUCAUUUCAUGUUUUAUAGUUUUUUGCUAAAAAAGUAUUUCAAGUUUCCAUAAAUUCUAUUUUUGUGAUAUUUU